AGUAGAGCUCAGCUGCACCUACUCUGCCUGCUCCAGCCCAGGAAAAAGCUCCAUGAUCAGGCAAAAAAAAUCAAUGAGCGCAUCAGGACCCACUGCCCGGCGCCCCCGGGACGUCGUUCGUGGGUCUGCGCAUGUGCUACAGGCACCUGGGUAGGAGGACUGGCGUUCACGCAGGCGCACUCGUGGCCGCCGGAAGGGCUUCCUCCUCCCUGCCACCGCCGUCGCCAUGGCCGCGCCGGCCCCCCGCCUCAUCUCUGUCUUCUCGAGCCCGCAGGAGCUGGCUGCGUCACUGGCCCAACUGGUAGUGCAGCAGGCAGCAAGCUGCCUGGCGGAUGCCGGCGCCCGCUUCACGCUCGGCUUGUCCGGCGGCAGCCUUGUCUCCAUGCUGGCCCGCGAGCUGCCCGCUGCCGCCGCCCCCGCUGGACCCGCUAGCCUCGCGCGCUGGACGCUGGGCUUCUGCGACGAGCGUCUUGUGCCCUUCGAGCACGCUGAGAGCACGUACGGCCUCUACCGGACCCACCUGCUCUCCAAGCUCCCUAUCUUCGACAGCCAGGUGAUCACCAUCAACCCCGAGCUGCCUGUGGAGGAGGCGGCUGAGGACUAUGCCAAGAAGCUGAGACAGGCCUUCCAAGGGGACUCCAUCCCGGUUUUUGACCUGCUGAUUCUGGGUGUGGGUCCUGAUGGCCACACCUGCUCACUCUUCCCAGACCACCCCCUCCUGCAGGAGCGGGAGAAAAUUGUGGCCCCCAUCAGCGACUCCCCGAAACCACCUCCGCAGCGCGUGACCCUCACUCUUCCCGUGCUGAACGCAGCUCGAACGGUCAUCUUUGUGGCGACAGGAGAAGGCAAGGCAGCUAUUCUGAAGCGCAUUUUGGAGGACAAGGAGGAGAACCCACUCCCCGCCGCACUGGUCCAGCCCAGCACUGGGAAACUUUGCUGGUUUCUGGACGAGGCAGCAGCCCGACUCCUGACCGUGCCCUUCGAGAAGCAUUCCACUCUGUAACCCGUGCCGAGAGAUGCUACCGCUGUGACCAUGUGCAGUCCCAGUGGCCUGGGACCUUCUGGGGCUGGGCCCCACUGCCAGCCCACUCCAGGCUUCAUUUUUGAAAAGCUGAGUGGUGCCACUGGAAGCCAGUAGGGUCUGGCCACCAGGCCCGCCCAGGGGCUUAGCCUGUGGGCCAUGGCUCUGGGUGACUCAGAUAUUAAAAGGAGCAUCUGUUUGAAUUUCCACUGUCUCGUGGUCCUUGGUGGGUGGUGGGACCAUCGGUCUCCAGGUGGCGCGCCUGACUCGUAACAGUCAUCCCAGCCUGUGGAGGGCAGGGACGGGCAUCCAUGAGUGUCCUGGGCCUGCCAUAGCCAAGUACCACACGUCAGGUGUCUUAAAACAAGUGCAGGUCACUGUCUCACAGUUCACAAGGCCAGGAGCCUGAAAUCUAGGUGUCGGGAAGGCUGGCUCCUUCUAGAGGCUCUGCAGGAGAGUCUGUCCCAGGUCUCUCGUGGCUUCUGGUUGCCGCUGGCAGUUCUUGAGCUUUCUUGGCUCGUAGGCGCAUCACUCCAGCGUCUGCCUCUCUUGUCACAUGGCCUUCUCUCUGUGUCUUUCCGUGUCCUGUCCUUUUCUUUUUUUCUUUUGGUUUGUCCUAUUUUUUUCUUUGGCCAUGCUCCUAGGUUUAUGGCAUCUCAGUUCCCAGGCCAAGGAUUGAACCUGGGCCACAACAGGGGAAGCCCAGAAUCCUAACCACUGGGCCACCACUCACUCCCAUCCUCUCCUGAUAAGGACCCCUGUCCUGGGACAUAAGGCCACCCUCAGUCCUAAAUCUUGAGAGUUCGUCUCAAGAGCCUUAAUUCAUUAUGUCUAUAAAAAUGCUUCUUCCAAAUAAGAUCUCAUUCUGAAGUUUCAAGGGUUAGGACAUGGACUUAACUUUUUUUUUUUAACCGUAUUAAAAUAACACAUAACAUAAAGUUUACCAUCUUAACCAUUUUUAUACAAUUCAGUGGUUUCAAAUACAUUUACAUUUUUAAGCAGCCAUCACUGCCAUCCGUCCCCAUAACUCUUUUCGUCUUGUAAACCUAAAACUCUGUAUUUGGGACUUCCCUGGUGGUCCAGUGGCUAAGACUCUGUGCUCCCAAUGCAGGGGGCCCGGGUUCAAUCGCUGGUCAGGGAGCUAGAUCCUACAUGCCGCAACUGAGACCCAGUGCAGCCAAAUAAUUAAAUAAAAAUAAUAUAUUUGUAUAAAUAUGUGUAUAUAUUUAUUUAUUUAAAAACUGUAUCUUAUUAAAUGCUCACUUUCUAUUCUCUCCUCUCCCCAGCCCUGGCAAGCACCAUUCUGUUUUCUGUCUUUAUGAUUUUUUUUUUAAGUAUAGUUGAUUUACAAUGCUGUAUUAAUUUCCACUGUACAGUACAUUAUUCAGUCACACAUGCAUAUACAUUUUCUAUAUUCUUUUCCAUCCAUGGUUUACCGCAGGAUAUUAAAUGUUGUUCUCUGUGCUAUACGGGAGGACCUUAUUGCUUAUUCUCUAUCUUUAUGAUUUUGACUACUCUUAAGUGCUUCAUAUAAUUAAAAUCAUACAGUAUUUGUAUUGAUG